GGGAUUAACCCUGCGCUGGCCGGAGCGGAAGCUCUUUGUCUGGGGAACCGGCCUCCCCCUGCGUCCAGGCGGGGAGGCGAGUAACAUCCUGAUGAAUUGUUUUGCUGCAGCCCCCCCAGGAGCCUGGACGUGUCCAGAAGGCCUGAGGGAGGGACGCAAGUUGGAGAACUAGAGCACAGACCCCAGCAGGGAUAAGCUGGUCCCUGAAGACAGAUCAGCAGCUCCUGGGUCUCCACAUCCAGGCUUCGUGAGAGAAUAUGGAAACGGCAGAGCCAACGGGCCCCAAAGCAGGGAAUGAGCUGGAGAGAGACGGGAAGGAGCCAGUCCUGGGAUCAAUCAUCUCAGUAAAUCCUCGAUGGUCCCGCACCGGAUGGCGACAGCUGAGGACUGAGCAGUGUGACAGGAUGUCCCAGUAUUGGAAAGAUCAACUUCAGGAGGAGCUACAGAGCUUACGGACACCUGCUGAGGUUGUGCCGACAUCAGUCCCUGCAUCAAAAAACCCUCCGCUGCUGGAUUUGACCCCGGAGGAGGAUAUUGAGGCCUAUCUGGCUUCCUUCGAGCAAGUGGCUGAAGCCUGCCAGUGGCCCAGAGGAGAGUGGGUGACCCGCCUUGUGCCAGCCCUCAGUGGAAAAGCUCGGCAGGUCAUUAGCAGCCUGGAUGCCAGAGAUGCUGGAGAUUAUGGGAAGGUGAAGACAGCUGUCCUGCGAGGGUGCGACAUUGGCAUGGAGACACAGCGCCAGCGCUUCAGGCAGUUCCGCUACCAGGAGGCCGAGGGGCCCCGGGCAGUUUUCUGCCGACUCUGGGAACUUUCCCAUCGAUGGCUGAAGCCGGAGAUCCGCACCAAGGAGCAGAUCAUGGAGCUGCUGAUCCUGGAGCAGUUCCUGACCAUCCUGCCAGAAGAAAUCCAGAGCUGGGUUUCUGAACAUUGCCCAGAGACGUGUGCCCAGGCAGUGUCCCUGGCCGAGGAUUUCCAGGUCACAGUGCGUGUGAAGGUUGAGGACGUGACCCCAGAGGAGAUGGAUGCCCCUGAAGCAUUAUGGGAAUCUCAGAGCACCCAGCUGGAGCCACCACAGCCCCAUCCCGCAUGGGGAUCUCCGGAGGAGGCAGCACUGAGGAAGUAUGAGCUGCCAGGCGCCCCUGGAAAGGGGCCCCGAGUUGGACAACAAAUGGCAGAUGCCAGGAUCCUGAGCAGGACUGAGGAGCAGCCUCAUGACGAAGGGCCUGAAAACCUUCAGCCCCCCAGCAUCUCUCUGCGGGAUUCAGGAGAGAGCAUUAACCACAAACCUGAGCAGGAAGGAGCCUGCAAGAGGCAGAAGAGGAGCCCAGCGGGGAAUGAGCCAGAUCCCCUAGGGGAACGUGAGAGUGGAUUCAGGAGACUAAUCCAACCUCCUGCACCGGGGAGAUCUCGGGCCACAGGGGACCUUCACCAUCAGAACAGCAUUCACAGGACAGAGAAGCCCCAUAAAUGUCGAGAUUGUGGGGAAAGGUUCUGGGAGAAGCAGGCGCUCACGGCCCACGGGAGAGUUCAUGAGAAGGACAGACCAUAUCCCUGUCCUGAAUGUGGGAAGAGUUUCAACAGACUGACCCAUCUCAAAACCCACCAGAGAACCCACACAGGAGAGAAACCUUAUUUCUGUGCCGAAUGUGGGAAGAACUUCGGCCACCUCUCCACGCUCAUUACACACCAGAGGCUGCACACAGGGGAGAGACCCUACUCCUGUGACGAGUGCGGGAAAACUUUCACCAACCCCUCGGACCUCAACAAGCACCAGCGCUCCCACACGGGUGAGCGGCCCUACCCCUGCGCCGAGUGCGGGAAGCGCUUCAGCCAACUCUCCAACCUGACGAUGCACCAGAGGACUCACACACAGGAGAAGCCCUACCCCUGCGCCGAGUGCGGGAAGAGCUUCAAGUACCUGGCUUACCUCGCCAUUCACGAGCGCUCCCAUACCGGGGAACGGCCCUUCCCCUGCGCCGAGUGCGGGAAGAGCUUCAGUAACAAAUCCUCUUUGGCCCGUCACCUGAGAAUCCAUGCCAGAGCCGCAGCCAUGGACAAGGCUCGGCUGCAGCAGGUGGGGCCCACUAAAGAGAAAAUGGAAAAGCGAGAUCCUCUGGAACCAGGACCGGGGAAGGAAUCCGAGCGGGCUGCAAAAGAUCCCAUUGUGGCACCCCCCAUAACGGUAACUCCCAGAUGGUCCCGAAUUAGACUACACCAGGUCAAGACAGAGCCACAAGAAGGGAUGUCCCAGCAACGGCAGGUGCUGCAGGCCCGACAGACCUCUCCUGAAAUUGUAUCAGCUCCAGACCCUGCCUUGGGAAACCCUCAGCUGCCACAGCUUGAGCCAGAGGAUGACAUCGAGGUCUAUCUGGCUUCCUUCGAGCGACUGGCUGAAGCCUGCCAUUGGCCCAGAAGAGAGUGGGUGACCCGACUCCUGCCAUCCCUCACUGGAAAAGCCCAACAGGCCAUUAGCAGCCUGGAUGCCAGAGACGCCCGAGACUAUGGGAAGGUGAAGGCAGCCAUCCUGCGAGGCUGCAACAUCAGCACGGAGAUGCAGCGCCUUCACUUUAGGCAGUUCCGCUACCAGGAGGCCAAAGGGCCCCGAGAGGUCUGCAGCCGCCUACGGGAACUCUCCCAUCGAUGGUUGAAGCCAGAGAUCCGCACCAAGGAGCAGAUCAUGGAGCUGCUGAUCCUGGAGCAGUUCCUGACCAUCCUGCCCGAGGAAAUCCAGAGCUGGGUCUGGGUACGUCACCCGGAAACCUGCGCCCAGGCAGUGUCCCUGGCAGAGGAUUUCCAGCUGGGACAGCGAGAGGCUGGAGUGUGGGAGCAGCAGGUCACAGUGCGUGUGAAGGUCGAGGAAGUGACCCCAGAGGAGUCGGAGACCCCUGAAGCAUUAUGGGAAUCUCCGAGCUCCCAGCUGGAGCCACCACAGCCCAAUACCACGUGGGGAUCCCAGGAGGAGGUAGGAUGGAGCAAGUACAAGUUGCCACAUGCCCCUGAAGAGGAGAUGGAAGCUCUACAGGAAACUGCAGGUGCCAGGAUCCUGAGCAGAGCGGAGAAUUUGGGAGAGCAAGAAAACUUAGAUCUGGCCCGAACAUCGCAAGGCGGAUCAGGAGAGAGUGUCGCCCGCAGACUUGAGCGGGAAGAAGCCUGCAAGAGGCAGAAGAGAAACUCAGCUGGGAACGAGCGAAUUCCGCCAAGGGUGUUCCCACAGCUCCCUGCUCAAGGGACACCCGGGGCCGUAAGAGAUCUUAAAAGCCAGGCAAGCAGCGUUAACAGGAUGGAGAAACCCCACAGAUGUCGAGACUGUGGAGAAAGGUUCUGGGAGAAGCAGGACCUCAUGGCCCAUGGGAGAGUCCAUGAGAAGGACAGACCCUAUCCCUGUCCUGAAUGUGGGAAGAGCUUCAACAGACUGACCCAUCUCCGAACCCACCAGAGAACCCACACGGGAGUGAAACCUUACUCCUGUGGGGAGUGUGGGAAAAGCUUCGGCCACCUCUCCACGCUGACCACGCACCAGAGACUGCACACAGGGGAGAGACCCUACUCCUGUGCUGAGUGCGGGAAAACCUUCACCAACCCCUCGGACCUCAACAAGCACCAGCGCUCCCACACGGGCGAGCGGCCCUACCCCUGCGCCGAGUGCGGGAAGCGCUUCAGCCAGCAAUCAAAUCUGACAAUGCACCAAAGAAGUCACACCGAGGACAGACCGUACCCCUGCACCGAGUGUGGGAAGAGCUUCAAGUACCUUGCUGAUCUCACCGUGCACGAGCGCUCCCACACGGGUGAGCGGCCCUUCCCAUGCCCUGAGUGCGGGAAGAGCUUCAGUAACAAAUCCUCUCUGGCUCGUCACCAGAGAAUCCACGCCAGAGCCGCAGCCAGAAACAACACUUACCUCAACUGGGAUAAGGCUGUUUUCACAAGGCACAAAAUGGCUGCAAAGCAUCGUGGUCGGAAGCCUCUGGGGCUACAGAUCCAGGGUCCACUACAACAAGUGGUGCUAACGCAUGUCAAAGUGGAAACAGAAAAUCCAGCAGGCCCCAAACCAGGGAAGGAAUCGGAGAGAGAAGGGAAAGAUGCUGCUGUGAUGCCACCCAUCUCAGCAAGUCCCCCAUUGUCCCGGACAGGACAACAAAAAUCCAGCUCUGAGCAACGGGAGAAGAUCCCCCAGCAUGGGGAAAAUCAAAAUCAGGACAUGCUGCGAGCCCCCUGGACCUCUCCUGAGGCUGUACCGGCAUUAGCCUGGGCCUGGGGAAACCCAGAACUGCCUGAGCUCACACCAGAGGAUGACAUUGAGGUCUAUCUGGCUUCCUUCGAGCGAGUGGCUGAAGCCUGCCACUGGCCCAGAAGAGAGUGGGUGACCCGACUCCUGCCAUCCCUCACUGGAAAAGCCCAACAGGCCAUUAGCAGCCUGGAUGCCAGAGACGCCCGAGACUAUGGGAAGGUGAAGGCAGCCAUCCUGCGAGGCUGCAACAUCUUCACGGAGAUGCAGCGCCUUCACUUUAGGCAGUUCCGCUACCAGGAGGCAAAAGGGCCCCAAGAGGUCUGCAGCCGCCUGCGGGAACUCUCCCAUCAAUGGCUGAAGCCGGAGAUCCGCACCAAGGAGCAGAUUAUGGAGCUGCUGAUCCUGGAGCAGUUCCUGACCAUCCUGCCUGAGGAAAUCCAGAGCUGGGUCUGGGUACGCCACCCGGAAACCUGCGCCCAGGCUGUGUCCCUGGCCGAGGAUUUCCAGCUGGGACAGCGAGAGGCUGGAGUGUGGGAGCAGCAGGUCACAGUGUGCGUAAAGGUUGAGGAAAUGGAGACCCCUGAAGCAUUAUGGGAAUCUGAGAACUCCCAGCUGGAGCAACUGCAACCCAGUCACAAGUGCGUCUCCCCCGAGGAGGUUGGACAAAACAAGUCCAAGUUGCCCUGUGCCGAGGAGAAUCAAGCGCUACAGGAAACUGGUGCUGGGAUCCUGAGCAGAACUGAGGAGCAGCCUCGUGAUGAAGGGCCUGAAAACCUGCUGCUGCCCAGCGUACCGGAAAGGGGAUCAGGGGAGAGUGUUACCCACAAAUGUGAGCAGGGAGGAGCCUGCAAGAGGCAGAAGAGGAGCCCAGCACACGAGACAGAUCCCUCAGGGGAAUGUGAGAGCAGAUUCAGGAGACUAACCCAGCUCCCUGCACCAGGGCGACCUCGGACCAUAGGGGACCAUUACCGUCAAAGCAAUUUUCUCAGGACAGAGAAACCCCACAGAUGUACAGACUGUGGGGAAAGGUUCUGGGAAAAACAGAAGCUUACAGAGCAUGGCAAAGUCCACAGGAGUGAGAGGCCUCAUCCUUGUGCUGAAUGUGGGAAGAGCUUCAACCGCCUAGCUCAUCUCAAAACACACCAGAGAACCCACACAGGAGAGAAACCCUAUUUCUGUUCAGUGUGUGGGAAACGCUUUGGCCACCUCUCCACACUGACCACUCACCAGAGAUUGCACACAGGGGAGAGACCCUACUCCUGUGCUGAGUGCGGGAAAACCUUCACUCACCCCUCAGACUUGAAUAAGCACCAGCGCUCCCACACAGGUGAGCGGCCCUACCCCUGUGCCGAGUGUGGGAAGUGCUUCAGCCAGCUCUCCAACCUGACUAAACACCAAAGAAGCCACACCGAGGAGCGGCCUUACCCAUGCACUGAGUGUGGGAAGAGCUUCAAGUACCUCGCUGAUCUCACCGUGCACGAGCGCUCCCACACGGGCGAGCGGCCCUUCCCAUGCCCUGAGUGUGGGAAGAGCUUCAGUAACAAAUCCUCUCUGGCCCGUCACCAGAGAAUCCACGCCAGAGCCGCAGCCAGAAACAAGUGGGACCAUAUUUAGACUAUAGACUAACCAAGAGCUCCGCUCCUGUUAGCCUAUAUGUGCGAUUGGAGAAGAAGAACAUGAGCCACUACUACACAGCCUGAGGGAAAUCAGCCCUCCGCCCUCCCUUAUGCCAUCAUCACCCCCUCACAUCCUACAGGAGAAUGAGGGAGGCUUAAGUGGAGUCCCAGUGCCUGAAACUUCCAGAAGAUAUUCUGUUCUUACCUGCUUUUACUAAUAACACCUAGCUCUUGUAUAUCUCUCUCUAUAUGUUGAAGUGCUGCAGAAAGGAGGUAAGGUGAUAGGAGAGCACUGGUUUCCUUUCUGCUGUUCUGGGGCAGGUGUGUAUUUGUAGUACCCAUAAGCAAAGCAGGCCAGCCAGAAGAGAAAGAAUUUUUGUUUUCCAAGGUUGAGCUCUAUCAACGCCACAGGAGAAACGGCCCUGCUUCCCAACAGCACUCUGCUAGCAGCACCUCUCACUGCCUGGCCCCUGCAAUGCCUGAUUUGUAACUCAGUAGGAAGCACCAGGGACUGCACCUCCGUGACAGGCAAUCUAGCCCCUCUGCCACCACCACUGACCAGCUGUGUCACUGCCAUCUUCCCUGCUCUGCCUCACUGGCCCUAGCUGCAUCCCAGUCCUGGGAAUGGAGCCUCAGUAUGUAACUCACUGAUGUACCUCAUUUGCUGCUGUUCUGAUUUAUUUAUAUGAUUUCCUGUUCACCUGAUUAUAAUGAAUUUAACAGCACUCCCUGUCAGUUCAGUCAUUAGUGCUGUGUACUUAACUCCUUCCCUAGUCACUUGUCUAACCUACAGCACUGUCCCUUAAUUGGUAAUCAUAGAAUCAUAGACUUUAAGGUCAGAAGGGACCAUUAUGAUCACCCCUGAUCAAAUUGGCCCUGUCAACACUGUUUCUCCACUUGUGAGGUAACUCCCUUCCCUUCAUGUGUCAUUAUAUAAUGCCUGCAUUUGUAAUUUUCACUCCAUGCAUCUGAAGAAGUGGUGUUUUACCCACAAAAGCUUACGCCCAAAUAAAUCCGUUAGUCUUUAAGGUG